UUAACUCCACAAUUUUGUUGACAAUUCACUCGAUUUUCUGAACCCAAAUUCAUCGGCUCCAAUCUCGACCAAAAAUGUCGUCAGGAUGUCUUCUUCUUUGCGAGAUCAUACUCUCGAUCCUCCUUCCUCCUCUCGGCGUCUGCCUUCGUUACGGUUGCUGCACUGUUGAGUUCUUUAUUGCUUUGGUGUUGACUAUUCUGGGUUAUCUUCCUGGCAUAAUCUACGCCCUCUAUGCUAUCCUAUGUGUCAAUCCAGAUCGCGAUCGUGAUAGUGACCAUUACGCUUCGCUUGCGUAGAACUAUGGUAUUCUCCUAUAUUGGAUCUGUUAUCGUUUUUACUAUGUGAAAUUACGUGAUGUAUUUGGGUAUUUCAAAUUCAAUUCAUGUAUUUGAUAUACUUUGCCCAAAAGUUUUUAAGUUCAUGUGUUUCCUUUCUGAUCUCUAGUUGCUUACUUUCGUGACUUGAUACACUUGUGAAUCUCUUCUUGAAUGUGUUAUGUAUUUGGGUAUUUCUGUUCUUGACAAGUUUUGAUCUUGAUGAUGAAUCUUGACAUGUUUUAAUA